GCAUUCUUAUUGGAAGCAAACGUUUGGUGUUAGUUCAAAAUUGCAUUUAAUUAAAUAUAUAUGCAGAUUAGUGAAAGCAAAAAUUAAAGUAAUUAAAAUAUGGGCGCUGCAUUUUUCCCCGUGCUGUUUUUCACUGCUGUUUGGGGUGCUGUGGGCAUUGGAAUGCCCAUUAUGACACCAAAAGGUCCACAUCAAAAUUUAAUACGCUGCAUCCUGAUGUUGACUGCGGCUUGUUGCUGGCUCUUCUGGCUGUGCUGCUACAUGGCCCAAAUGAAUCCAUUGAUUGGUCCCAAACUGAAGCGACAUGCCAUUGCAAUGAUUGCUAAAUCGUGGGACAAUAAACUCGUCGAGGGUUAAAUGUAACUCACCACAUAAAAUAUCCGUUGUUGUUAAUCAGAAAUGUAUAAAAUAAAUAAAUCAAAUAAAUACGCUUAAAUUGUUUCG